AUGGGCUAUCGAAAUAGUUCUUUGCCAAUUGUUGUAUGUAUUGAUAUGUGCAGCCAAAAGGGGCUUUGGGUGAAAGUUUGGAUAUCUAACAGCAAUCCAAAUCUUAUUGGACGCUUUUAUUUGGAGUUCUUGUUCAAGACGGGAAGAAUUGCUUCUAAAUUGAGGCUAGACAAAGGAACUGAAACCAGUGGGGUGGCGACCAUGCAGGCAUAUCUUCGGCAGCAACACAGUGUUAUGGAGGAUUUCCAUGAUGGACAUGGCCAUCGACUUCAAACCAGGUGAGAGUAGCACUUGUAUCAUGAAAUCAAAACUGACAUGAUAGUUUCAUCAUUUGUUUGGCCAAGUGUGUUAAUUUAUGCCUAGUUAAAAAUUUGAUCCUAAUUUGAGUGAUCUUUGUGGAGAAAAAUGGCUAAAAGGAAAAUUUUCGUACAUGUAUAGUUAGGAAUAAUUAUAAACAAUAGAAGUGUGUGAGAUUUUUGUACAUAAUUAAAUAUGCCCAAGUAUGGAAGUUUUACCAACCCAUAUAAUAAAAACCUUAUUGAAUGAUUUUUCCAUUUGAAUGGGGAUUUAUUUUAACUCAACAAUUGUAUUUUCCGUGUCUUUCAUACUCGGAAAAAAUGUUUUGACUUGUUAAAAAUCUACUAAACAGAAAAUUGUGCAAUAAGAUUUAAAAGUUUUCACGGGUCAUGCACUCAAAGUAGCGUUUUCUAAAAGUGUGUGUGCAAAGUACACUUGGAGCUCAGUGUUGGUGAGAUGGUUAGUAAAAAAAAAUCUAGAAUGAGAUGUGGAUGUUUUAAAAGAGUUCACCUGCAGUGCAAAAUGAUAGGUAUUUUAUUUUUAAUUAUGAUUGAAAUUAUAAUAAUGUGCAUGUGACAUAAUACUUUUUAAUAAAACCACAAACACAACUACCAUCAGCUCCAACCUUCAUAAUUGCAAUAACUGCAACUUCCUUCCGAAGCGAAAUAAUAAGCCAUACAUCAUUUGUUUGUUAUCACAAAUAUUAAAUGAAAAUUUUGUGUGCAACUGUCAAAUGGUUUAAAAAAAACUGUGAGGUGAUAAUACAGGUAAAUAAUGUUUUAUUGAUGUUAUAGAUUGUACGGUGGUGGAGAGAACUCUAUGAAAGGCUCCAAAAUAUUUUUAAACUCCCCU